AUAACAUGGGACAGGAAAAGAAUUAAUAUGAUCCAUUAUUAAGGGAAUAUUUGAUUCUUACUGGUUAAUUACGCACUGAGCUGUCAAAUACUUGUUAUAUUAUUUUUAAAUGACCGCUAAACUGGAUCAGUGUGUAGCUCAUGUCAACAAACCACUUUACGUUCAUAGCACUAGCGCGCUUAAAAAUAAUUAGUGGCGCCAUCUGGCGACUGACAACGGUUACUACUAUCGCUUGUGAUGACAAAUAGCCUCAGCAGAAGAUGUAAAAGUGUGCAAAUGUAUUAAACGUGGUAAAGUGAAUAAAUGGCUGGAAGCCCAGAAAGAAAGAAAAAAACUAUUGACCAGAAGAACAUCGAACCGAGAUAUGAACUACGAUGAGAGAGUGCGUCUCAGCAAAACCACUAACAACAUUAACUCAGAAGAAAGGAAAGGGUUAUCUGACAGGAAGUGGAAGUCCUCCUGCCGCCCCAUCCUGUGACUGAAGGCCUGUGAGCCAGGAACCCCUGCUCCCCCCUCCUCCCCGUCCCUCCGCAGGGCAUGGCUGCCCGCUUGUGUUUUGGGCAGAAGGGUAAGAUGAGGGUAAGAUGAUUUCCAGGAUGAGGAAAAGAGAUACUCUGCUAGACAGAUACCCACUAGCAGAACUUCCAGCGGUCACCAGCGACUUCCCAGUAACUUGCUUGACCACUGGACUGGUUUGGGAUGUCAGCUUGCUACCCUCCCUACACGAUCCCACAUCCCCAUCCACCCUUUCCAGUAGCCAGGGCCCGCUGGACCUCAGCUCCCCGUCCAGCGUCAGCUGCAGCAGCAGUGGGGAAGAAGAUGAGGAAUGCAUUCACCUCUAUCUCGUAUCUCUUUGCAUACUGCACUGUUGAAUUCUUACCCUUUAUAAUGAUUAAUAUUUUAACAAAGUAUUUGACAAUGACAAGAACAAGUUAAAAAACAAGUUCAUCAAGUCACAGCGACUUUCUAUAACAUGUGAGGGUGCUCAAAACAUGUUUGUUUUCCAGCUGUUUUUAAUUGAUUCAAACUCCUCACCUUUCAGUGACAAGACAACUCACUUUUUUGGGAUCAUAAUAGAUCCAAUGAGAAAGUUUUAUGGGGGUACUUACAAGGGUAAGUAGGGUAGAUUAGAAUUACUUGGAAGCAUCUUAUAUACUGUAUCCUAAAUAUCAAUGCAAAUGUAUUCGAUUAAUGUACCGGUGCAUAUCAAUUGGUUACACUUUUUGUAUUACUGAUUUCCUAGUUCUUAUCUUUUAGUGUCAUGACAUUGUAGUAAUGGAAUGUCGGAAUGACAUCACGACUGACUGGUAGAUAACUGACUCCUGUGUUCAUAAGGCGACUGCUGUCAUUUAACACGCGCUGCGUGGAGCAAACACUCAUUCUUCAGCAUGGAGCUAAACGAGGAAAGACAGGGGCGCUACUUUAUAGUAGCGAGGAGACGCAAGAAGGGCUUGUCUCGCGGGUCAGUUGGGCGCGCGGAUGCAGAGACAGCAGCAGGAGAUCUCAUAGGAAUGGUUUAUGGAGGAGGCGGCAGUGCCAAGAGCAGCGGCACGGUGAAGAAGCAGGACAUACACACACUCACACGCCACCAAGCCCAGCUACUUCUGUUCGUUUCACCUGCCAGCAGGCGACUGGAGCUCCUGUGCAACGUCCAGCUCUUCAGUGCAAUCUGCGCUCUUGCUCAGGACGAUCUUGUAGUGGUCAAACACAAGAAGGACUUUCAACCAUGCCUGGUCAAAAGUCUCAUUCAAAUAGGCAAGAAAGACAAACCAGGAGUCUUGCAGAUGCUGGGAUUUGAGCUGGAAUUAGUGGACACUGAACAUGAUAUUUUUUCAAAGACGACCGUCCCUCUUCCCUUCUUCAGCGCAGCUGACAUUGUCCAGGUGGCUCCGUCGCAUUUAAACACCAGGCAACCACUAAGACACAGUAUUAAUUUAGGUUUGAAAAGGAAAGCGGUGUCUCGCAUCAAUUCCAUGCCAGCUCUCAACUCACGCAAUGCAAAAAAAGGAAGUAUCUUAUUAAACACAGACGUGUACAAUUCCAUUCAGGCCUUGUCCCAUUCUUCCUUGGAGAUGGGGUCUAUGGCAGAGGUCAUAUCUUUGAAUGGACUGACCGUGUAUGGGGUGAUCAGAUGGAUUGGAGUUCCAGAGGGAAAGAAAAAUUGCUGGGCAGGACUUGAGCUGGACAAUGAGGCGACGACUUGUUCCGAUGGGACAUUUGAUACAAAGCGGUAUUUCACCUGCGAAGGAAACAAAGCCUUGUUUGUGCCACUGACCAACUGCAAACCAGACAGCAGAUUUCUGUUCAUCCCGAAUGAGAUCCCAAAACCACUUGAACCUCCCUCAGUCACACUCCUGGAAGAUUUAAAUGAAGAUGUUCCCCCUGUUGCUGAGCAAGACGUUUUGUCCCAUCUGAUUGGCAGAAUGAGGGGAAUCCAAGGUCACUUCAACUCCUGCUAUCUAGAUGCCACUCUCUUUAGUCUCUUCACGUCAUCCAUAGCUUUCAACAGAAUGUUUAGCAGAUCAGCAGAUAGCGAGGAAGGCAUUUCACACAUUUUAAGAUGGGACAUUGUGAACCGUUUACGCAGAACAGGCUUUGUUCCAGCAGAGAGUGUGAUGAAGUUUCGCAAACAGCUGGGCUGCAAAUCUUUUGCUACAGAGGAGAAAGAUCCAGAGGAGUUCAUCACCCUACUACUAAAGCAUGUUUUGCAUAUAGAGCCAUUGCUCAAAAUCAGGUCAUGUGGAGACUUGGCCCAGGGUGCCUAUACACAUCAGAUCAUUGUAGAGAAGAAUCAGGUGCGAGCUGUGCCUUCGGUUCAACAGCUGCUUGAGAUGUCCUUCGUGUCAAGCGAUCUGAAGUUUGAAGAGAUUCCAUCUUGCCUUAUAGUUCAGAUGCCACGGUUUGGAAAGAAGUUCAAGAUGUUCCCUAAAAUCAUUCCCUCAACAGAGCUGGACAUCACAGACAUCUUGCAUUGUUCUCCCCGGGAAUGUUUUCUGUGUGGUCAUCUUGCUGAAUAUGAGUGUGUCCAGUGCCUGAUGGACCAUAAGCUCCAACCAGGCAAAAUGAAGCAGUAUUGCAGCACCUGCAACACACAGGUUCACAUUCAUCCCUCCCGAAAGGAACACACUCCUCUCAAACUUACAGUUCCAGAUCAUCUUCCAGAAGAUGCACCUAUACAGAGAAACCAGAUGCAACUGUUUGCAGUCCUCUGUAUAGACACCAGCCAUUAUGUAUCUUUUGUCAAAUAUGGGCCUAACCCACGGUCCUGGAUCUUCUUUGACAGCAUGGCUGACCGAUGUGGUGAUGAUAACAAUGGCUACAACGUUCCCGUGAUCAGGUCCUGUCCUGAGGUUGGAGACUUCCUUUCACAGUCUGAAGAGGAGAUAUCCACAGCAGAUGUGAGUCAGAGCAGUGAGAUGGUGCGCAGACUGCUGUGCGAUUCAUACAUGUGUCUGUAUCAGAGAACAGAGUGAGCAGAGACAUUUCUGAUAUCUUUGGACUACUGUGUGUCCUUACUAUAUCUCUUGUCUCAUUACAUCAACAGAGCUGACACAUGAAUUACUGUAUACUUGUUUUGCUUAGACAUUCCGUUCUUCAGCAAACUGUUCUUCUAUGACUUCUAAUGGAAGUGUAUUUAUAUGUAAAAGGGCUCCUAGAUGUAUCUUAAGACAUUUUAUCAGGUAGAGAUAUACAUUUAUACACAAGCAACAAUGUAAUUUAUUUUGAUAGUUUAGUAUGUUCAGUAUUAUUUUUGAUUACAUGGUUUAUUGUUUAUUUGUGCUGAUUAGUAUACUUUAUUUGCAUUGAAAAGUUGUAGGAUGCUUAUAUUAGUAUUAAAAAUUAUGCUGCACCAA